AUGCACAUUUUGCUGCAUCCGCCCAACGGCGGGUGGGCCACUUUUCACAUGCGAGAACUCAAGCCCACCUCAAGUGCGAAGUUUCGGCCAAAUUCUGUCAUGUCAGACAACUGGGAGAAGGGUGAUCCGACGUUUAUGGGAGGAUGCUAUGAUGUCCAGGCACAUAUCUUGAAUUUCGACGUCAAGAAAUGCGAGUGGACAAUCAGUAGAUCAUCCCAGAUGCAUGCUCAAAAAUGUGAUUCCACCUGA